UAUGACCUGUGUCUGGCCUUGGCGUGUAGCGCGGUGCUGCUAGUUGUCAGUACGUGCUGUCUAUAGGACUUGAUCAGCGGUAUCUAGCCAGUGGUCCUAUCCGACAAGUCGGCUACUGAACCGGGAACCGUCACGCGGAGCUAAGCCACGAUGCUGAAAUGUAGAACUGUGUGGAAGAAGCUUGCUCCUCUGGCGAGAGACUCAUCAACUCUGAGCCGGCAGAGUGUGAGAAGAGCAGGGUUGACCAAUGGCAGUGCAGUACGUGUACCAGCAGCCCACAUGUCCAGUGGGUCUGCAGGGGGAGGAGGGGAAAAUAAGCUGUACGUCCUCCUAGUCGGAGCUGCCUGCCUUGGUGGGGGAAUAUAUGCCUACCGAACCGUAAAGGGAGACCAACAGAGAUAUAUGGAACGUAUGGCAGAAAUUUCAUCCAGACCUCAUAAAGCAGCCUCACAAAAAACAACCGUACCCUCCCAGUCAGAGCCUCCUGCUGUAGAAGCCACUGAGACAGAAGCCGUCCCUGAGCCAAAACCUCAAGCAGCACUUUCAUCAGAGGAGCCGAGUCCUCCGGCCCCUGACGCUGAAGCAGCGGCCCCCCGUGAAUCAGCUGAACCACUCCCAGCAGAUGAGCCGGUGGUGGGAGCUUCCCCAGAAGAGGCAGCAGAGCCACCUGCUGCACCUGUAGUUGAGGAGGAACCAGCACUCCCAGCUGAGCCGUCUCCAGUUGAGCUAACAGUACCAGCUGCACCUGUUGAGGAGAGUGAACCUACAGCAGCAGCAGAGAGGCCUGCAGCAGUGCUGGCCGAGCCUCAGCCGGAAGUCGUGGCAGAGAGUGCGGACUCCUCACCUGCUUCUCCCAGUGUCCCGUCACACGCCCCCUACCUUCUUAUCGGUGGAGGUACCGCCUCUUUUGCUGCUGCCCGGUCUAUUCGAGCCAGAGACCCCGGAGCCAGGGUUUUAAUUGUUACUGAGGAGCCAGACCUUCCAUACAUGAGACCUCCUCUGUCGAAGGAGCUGUGGUUCUCUGACGACCCCGGUGUGACAGAAACUCUGCGAUUCAAACAGUGGAAUGGGAAGGAGAGAAGUAUCUACUUCCAGCCACUAUCAUUCUACAUUCAUCCAGAGGAAUUCAAUAGUGCAGAAAACGGGGGAGUGGCUGUUCUCACAGGCAAAAAGGUGAUUCACAUGGACGUGAGAGGAAACAAAGUGAAACUGGACGAUGACACUGAGAUUUCAUAUGACAAGUGUCUGAUUGCUACAGGCGGCAUGCCAAGAAAUCUACAGGCCAUUGAGAGAGCGGGAGAGGACGUGACCAAGAGGACGACUUUGUUCCGCAAGAUCGAUGACUUCAAAUCACUGGACAAGGUCUCCAGAAGCAUCAGCUCCAUCACCAUCAUUGGAGGCGGCUUCCUGGGCAGCGAGCUGGCCUGUGCCCUCGGCAGGAGAUCGACUGAAUCUGGUCUGGAGGUGAUACAGAUGUUCCCUGAGAAGGGCAACAUGGGAAAAGUGCUGCCUGAGUAUCUGAGCAACUGGACAACAGAAAAAGUCAAGAAAGAGGGUGUAAAAAUCAUCUCUGAAGCUUUGGUGAAAUCUGUAAACUACAAAGAUGAUAAAUUAGAAAUCCAGCUGAAGGAUGGCCGAUUGGUGAAAACGGAUCACAUUGUUGCAGCUGUUGGCUUGGAGCCCAACUGUGACCUUGCUAAGUCAGCAGGUCUGGAGGUGGACUCUGACUUUGGUGGUUUUCGGGUCAAUGCGGAGCUGCAGGCCAGGUCCAAUAUUUGGGUGGCAGGAGAUGCUGCGUGUUUCUACGACAUCAGACUGGGCCGCAGACGGGUGGAGCACCACGACCACGCUGUUGUGAGUGGUAGACUAGCAGGAGAGAACAUGACCGGGGCCAGCAAACCCUACUGGCAUCAGUCUAUGUUCUGGAGUGACCUGGGCCCUGAUGUGGGCUAUGAAGCCAUCGGGAUCGUUGACAGCAGCCUUCCAACAGUAGGAGUGUUUGCCAAAGCCACUGCCAAGGACACACCUAAAGCUGCUACAGAGAAGUCAGGAACUGGGAUCCGCUCAGAGAGUGAAACGGAGGACACAGCCGUGAGCCCAGUGGCCUCUUCAACACCUGCACCUGCUGUGGAGCAGCACAAAGACGGCUACGGCAAAGGAGUCAUCUUCUACCUGCGAGACAAGGUGGUGGUGGGCAUCAUCCUGUGGAAUGUGUUCAACAGAAUGCCCAUCGCAAGGAAGAUCAUCAAGGAUGGAGAGGAACACGCAGAUCUGAACGAAGUGGCAAAGCUGUUCAACAUCCACGAAGAUUAAGACAAUGGAGCUGUUAAUGUGAAGACUGAACUUUGGCAGCCAUUGCCACUGUGUUUAAGACACAAAUGAUCACGCAUACAAAACUGGACGUUCAAUGUAAAUUAUGUCAUGUGGCUGAAAUAUUUUCAUAUUUGAAAUUUGUAUCUGCUGCACCUGUUUCGUUAGUUUUUUUUUUCUAUUCAGGAGAAAUCACUGUCUCAUCUUCCUGCUACGCCCAAACUCGUGUGAUUGAAUAUUCGCUUCCCACCAGGCUGAAGAUGUUAAACAUGGAUCGUCUGUGUGAUCACAGCAGCUUGUCGUGAGAAAAGCUGCAAUAAAAGCUAUUUUUAAAUUGGA